AGUCAAGCAUAGUCAAGCACAAUCAAGCACAAUCAAGCACAAUCAAGCACAACCAAGUUAUUUUGUGGGACAAGAGGAAGUACAUUCAAGUCUCGAGCCCGAAGGUUCAUGGUUUGCAUUCCUUGUUUGUUCAAGUCAGGAGUCGGAACGUCAGCAGAUGGUCACCGGUCGUCACGCAGCAUUCUGAUCCCUGCCGUCUCCCCCAAGAGCAAUGUUGUCGCGUGAGCCACGAACAUGGUCGACACAAAAGCACACGGUUCCCUCCAGCCUGGCGUCCGGAGAGAGCAAAUCGAGAUGGACGACCCGGCCCUACCAAGGACGCCCUCGAGGCAGCGGCUGUUGACAAGUCAAGCCCGCAGUCUGAAGGAGGAAGAGGAGGCGCCGCCGCAGGCACGGCUGGUUGGCAUGGCGCGACAUACACUGGGAUUGAUCCUCCUGCUCUGCGUCGUCUUUCUCUGGACAUUGUCCAAUUUCCUGGGCAGUAGUAUAUUCGCCGACAACACAUAUGCCAAACCGUUCUUCUUGACCUAUCUCAAUACCUCGAUGUUCAUGCUGGCCAUGAUCCCUACGCUUGUGAAAUCCGUGUCCAGGAACCGGCGAAAGCACAGAAGCUUGUAUAGGAACAUCCGAUCGGCAUUGUCCAAGAAAGAAAGCUACACUCCACUACGCCUGAAUCAACACAGCAACAGCGGUAGUGGAACCCCUCUAGACCUGGAAGAUCCCGAAUCGGAGCGGUUUCUCAAAUCAAGACCCGAUAGACGUGCGUUUGCCGGCCUACAAGGGGAUCAGAGGCAAGAGCAAGACGAUUCCCUGGAAGGGGACUUGGUACAGGAACCGGGAAUAGAGAUAGAAGAAGAAGUGGCCGAGAAGGACAAGGACUUGGGCAUCGUCGCAACAGCCCGACUAUCACUUGCAUUCUGCUUCCUCUGGUUCGGAGCAAACUACUUCGCCAUGGCAUGCCUCCAACACACGACGGUGGCGUCGACGACCAUUCUGACCUCCACCUCGAGUUUCUGGACAUUGCUUAUUGGGGCGCUGACAGGCAUGGAGAGAUUCACAUGGCGGAAACUCUGCGGCGUGUUGGGCUCCUUGGUCGGCAUCAUUCUGAUUUCACGAGUCGACCUGACCAAGAGCGCGAGCAACGCAACCACCAUUCGUAUCCGAUCACCUGGUGAUGACGAAGAUCAGUUCCCGGACAAGCCACCGUCAGAGCUCGCCCUGGGUGACGCGCUGGCCUUGUUGUCCGCGAUUAUCUACGGCGUGUACACCAUCACGCUGAAAAAGUCAACCAUCAAGGCCCUGCCACGAUCGCUCAACAUGCCCCUUUUUUUCGGCCUAGUCGGCACAUUCAAUUUGGUGUUAUUGUUUCCUUUGUUCCCGAUCCUACAUUAUACGGGCCUGGAGCGUUUCGAAUUGCCGCCCACGCCGCACGUGUGGACGAUUUUACUCACCAACAGCAUCAGCAGCCUUUUUAGUGAUAUCUGCUGGGCCUAUGCCAUGGUCUUGACCAGUCCGCUGUUGGUAACCGUCGGUCUCAGCCUGACCAUCCCGCUCAGUCUGAUUGGCGAAAUGGUCCUGCAGGGUCACUAUGAGGGUUGGCUGUAUUGGGUCGGUGCCCUGGUCGUGGUCGGCAGUUUCGUCUUUGUCGAUCAUGAGGAAAGAGAGGAGGAAGCUGAACAUGAACAUGACCAUCACAACGAUCACUCUGCCGCGGGCUCCCUGCUUGGACAUGGACAUCCUGAGGCCGCUGAUCCCAACAGGGGCCGCCGUCAUGCCACUACUACUACUAAUACUACUACUACUGGUAGCAAUGGGAUGUGGAGUGAUGAUGAUGGUACUCUCGACGGAGUUGGUGGCAUCGUGUCUGCAACCGACGCUACUACCGGUGCUGGCGGUGGCAUGCCCAAGACAGAUUCUCACGCACGAUCGAACCAUGGGAGUGCUUCGCAACAACACGCCAUUACUGGUGCUUCUGAUACUGCUGCUUCUACUUCCACUGCCCGUCCCAGCGAAAGCCAUCAUAAAAAGCAGAAGAAGCACAACGGUCGGACCAAAUCUUGGAACCGGCUGCUCUCUGGCGGCGGUGCCGGCGGAGGCUGGGUGUCGAGUGAUGAUGAUGACGGCGAUGAUUUCUUGCAUAGUAGCGACUCGGACUGAUUUUAUAUACGGUUUAUACUACAAACCUACAGUAUGUACAUAUAUCUUGCUUGCUUGCUUGCUUGCUUGCUUGCUUGCUUGCUUGCUUGCUUGCUUGCUUGUUCGUUAUUGUCAACUGCUUCGACGAACGCUUUGAAAACCAACACCAGCUGUUCUUUCCUUUUCCUUCUCCGUUGUUUAUGAACCCAUGAACCAUUUGAUUCGUUU